UAAAAAAAACAAAAUAUGAAUCGUUUUGCUGCUUUUGCUAAAAAUUUAUUUCUAACAAUUAAAUAUCAUCAUAGAAUUUCCAGAUUCAAUUUGGAUCAUUUUUUUGAUCAUACUUCUCCAGCAGCAAUCCAGAUUGUUCAAUUAUCUCUGCCCGGCGCCACAUCACAAUCAACAUCGAUUAAUGAAUUAAUGCAAGAUGGUUUAUUGUGGGGAGUACCGAAAAAGCGAAGAACCGCUGAAAAGCGUUUACAUCGUCGAUUUGGUGUGGAAAAUUAUCCGGAUUCGGCAAAAAUUUUACGUACACGAAAUGAUCUUGUUGUUUGUGAACGAUGUGGUGAUCAUCAUGAAUAUUAUGCCAUAUGUCCAACAUGUUAUUCAAAAGUAAAAGAAGAAACAAAACGUAUGCAAGAUCAAUUACGUCAACAAACAAAUCCAUUACAACCAAAAGAAAAGGAUAUUUUAUUUCGUUAUGAAAAUGAAAAAAAUGAUGAAUCUUUUACUAGUCAACAACAACAACAAAAAAAUGAAUUUUUUCAAAUUAUAGACAUUGAUCAUCCACGACCACAAUGGUUUAGUAGAAAUUUAAUGAUAAAAUCAACCGGAUCAACAAAUUAUAAUCCACGAGAUGUUAUUAUGGAUCCAAAAGAUUUAAUUUCAAAUAAUAAAAAAGAUGAAAAUUGAAUUCGCAUUGUCCAUUCAUCAUCGUUGCCAUCCAUUCAUUCGCCAUUAUUCAAAUCAAAUUGCAUUUUUAAAAAAAAUUUU